AUGUUCGCAACACAAUUACCCUCCUCCCCUUCAACCCCCUUCCGCCAAACAAGCCAUUUCUCUCCAGUCCGGCCCUCGCCGCUGGGCCCGCGCAGCUCAAACAUCGCCACUCCCCCAUGGACAAUGGGAUCCCCAACGCGCGCGGGUCAUUCCCAGAAACCCAGUUAUGAACGCCACACACAGAGCUCGCCUGCCUUUCCGACUUUCUCAAUCAAUAAUGAAAACCAUGAAAAGCAGCCACAACAGACCGUUCCUAAUAUGUUCGGCGCGUCUACGCCCUUCUUUCCUCAGCAAUCCAACAUUAUGUCGCCCGCCUCUCCGUCGCCCUCGGCGCGUCCUAAAUACUCGGAGCGAUAUGCGUCGCAGAUCGCGAACCCUAUGAAGACAUCCAACUCGCUUGUGCGCUCAAAAACGCGCAAAAUGUUUAUGAAUCGCGUGAAGAAUGAGCGCGACGGCGGUCGCUUCGAGGCUCGUGGUGAGCAGAUGAUGAUGAUGGAACACUUGGCAGAUAAGAGGAAAUGGGAGGAAUCGAUGGCGCGAGAUGCCGGAUGCGUUAUGCCAGAGUUCGAGGCUGACGAGGAUAAUAUGCUUCCUGAUGAGGCGGAUAUGUAUGCUCUGAAUGAGUUUAUCUCCGAAGAAGAAGCCAUGCAAAUGGCCAUGCAAGAGACUAUGGAACAGAACGAUCAGCAACAUCUAUACCAGACUCAGCCGAAUACGUCUUUCAGCGAUGACGAAUACGACGAUAUCUUUAUGACAAUCUCGGACCCGGCACAGUCGAAUCAGGAUAUGGACAUGUCGUGA